AAAACAUAAGUCGGUCCUCCGUAUGAAUCAGUCCGCACACCCCUAUGAAAGCUUCGCAGCAAUCGCCUGGCACUGCGUAAACAAACCGCACUUUCACGAGCCGUCAACUCCACGGCCGCCGAGGCAUGGAGACAGCAUGCCCGUACCUCCCCGGCCUGCUGCUCGCGCUGCUUCCCUGCUGCUGCCUCCUGCACGCGGGCGCGGCGUACGAGGCGCAGCUGCUGCUCCAGAUCAAGCGAGCGUGGGGCGACCCGCCCGUGCUCGCCGGAUGGAACGCCUCGGCGGCGAGCGCACACUGCACGUGGCCGUACGUGGCCUGCGACACCGCAGGCAGCGUCACGGGACUCGCCCUCGCAGACGCCAACGUCUCAGGCCCGUUCCCGGACGCCGUCGGCGGCCUCGCGGGCCUCACGCACCUCGACAUCUCCAACAACAGCAUCACCGGCGCGUUCCCGACCACGCUGUACCGCUGCGCCUCGCUGCUGUACAUCGAUCUCUCCGAGAACUACUUCGGCGGUGAGCUCCCGGCGAACAUCGGCCACAGCCUGGCGGCGAGCCUGACCACGCUGGUCCUCAGCGGCAACGAGUUCAACGGCACCAUCCCGAGGUCUCUCUCCAGCCUCCUGAACCUCCGGCAUCUCAUGCUGGACAACAAUCGCCUCGUCGGCACCGUCCCCGCCGGUCUCGGUGCGCUGACAAGGCUUCAGACGCUAUGGCUGGCGUCCAACCCGUUCGCCCCCGGCGAGCUGCCGGCGUCGUUCAAGAACCUGACCAGUCUAGUCAACCUUUGGGCGGCGCGCUGCAACCUCACCGGCGACCUCCCGGGUUACUUAGCGGAUAUGCAGGAGCUGGAGGUGCUGGACCUCUCGGCCAACUCGUUGACAGGAAGCAUACCUCGGGGGGUUUGGAACCUGAGGAAACUGCGAAGGAUGACAGUGUUCAAGAACAACCUCACCGGCGACUUGGCCGUCGACGAUGGUUUUGCUGCUGCAAAGAGCCUGACCAUGAUUGACGUCUCCGUGAACAACCUUAGCGGAGUCAUCCCUCAAGUCUUGGGCCACUUGGAAAACCUCACAUAUUUAAACCUCUUCAGCAAUAACUUUUCAGGCGAGAUACCAGCGAGCAUCGGUUGGCUGCCAUCUCUACAGGCAUUGAGAUUGUACAGUAACAGGUUCACUGGCACGCUCCCGCCGGAACUCGGGAAGCACUCGGUCUUGGGCUAUGUAGAGGUUGACGACAACGACCUCACCGGCGCCAUCCCAGAAGGGUUAUGCGCCGGAGGCCAGUUUCAUUACCUCACCGCUGAGCGCAACCACCUGAACGGCUCCAUCCCAGCGGGCCUUGCCAGCUGCGCAACUCUGCUAACCCUGGACCUAGACGACAACCGGCUCACCGGCGACGUGCCAGAGGCUCUAUGGACAGACACGCAGCUUAUGUUCCUAACACUACAGAGUAACCAGCUCACCGGGAGUCUUCCGGCCUCGAUGCCUGGCAACCUUACGACGUUACAGAUAGGGAACAACCAAUUCGGCAGCGGCAUUCCGGCUGCGGCAGCCACGCUCCGGGUGUUCACUGCCGAGAACAACCAGUUCUCUGGCGCGAUACCGGCGAGCCUUGGCGACGGUGGCAUGCCGCUGCUGCAGAGACUGAACCUAUCGGGUAACCAGCUCUACGGCGCGAUCCCCAAGAGCGUUGCUGACCUGAGGCAGCUGACGGUCAUGGACAUGAGCAGGAACCAGCUCAGCGGCCCGAUACCGGCCGAGCUGGGCGCCAUGCCGGUGCUCAGCGUGCUUGACCUCUCGUCGAACAAGCUCUCCGGCGCCAUACCUCCGGCACUCGUGAAGCCGAACCUCAGCUCCAUCAACCUCUCCUCCAACCACCUCAGCGGCCAGGUCCCGACCGGUUUCGCCACGGCGGCCUACGACGACAGCUUCCGCGAUAACCCCGGCCUCUGCACCGACGCUCCGGGGCCCGGCUACCUCGCCGGCGUGCGCUCCUGCGUCGCGGCGGGGGGCUCUACCCGAGCCGUCUCACACGCGCUCCGCACGGGCCUCCUCGUCGCUGGCGGUGGCGGCGCGCUCCUCGCCGCCGUGGCUCUCGCCCUGAUACUCGCCCGCGACAUCAGGCAACGGCGGCGCGUCGCGGUCGGGGACGAGUGGAAGGUCACGCCUUUCGUCCAGGAUCUGGGCUUCGGGGAGGCGCACAUACUCCAGGGACUGACAGAGGAGAACCUCAUCGGCCGCGGCGGUUCCGGCCACGUGUACCGCGUCACCUACACGAACCGUCUCGACGGGAGCGCGGGCGCGGUGGCCGUGAAGCGGAUACGGGUCGACGCCGGGACGCUGGAGCGCGAGUUCGAGUCGGAGGCGGGCAUCCUCGGCAACGUCCGGCAUAACAACGUUGUCAGGCUGCUGUGCUGCCUCUCCGGCGCGGAGGACAAACUCCUUGUGUACGACUACAUGGACAACGGCAGCCUGGACAAAUGGCUCCACGGCCAUAGCGCCGGCGCUGAUGGGCUCCUUAAUAAUACGACCAGGGCGCCGCUGGACUGGCCGACGAGGCUCAGGGUGGCCGUCGGCGUCGCGCAGGGGCUAUGCUACUUGCACCACGAGUCCUCGCCGCCCAUCAUUCACCGCGACGUCAAGACGAGCAACAUCCUGCUGGACUCGGAGUUCACGGCCAAGGUCGCCGACUUCGGGCUGGCUAGGAUAGUGGUGGAGGUCGGGGCGCCCAAAACGAUGUCCGCCGUCGCUGGGUCUUUCGGCUACAUGGCCCCCGAGUGUGCGUACACGAACAAGGUGAGCGAGAAGGUCGACGUCUACAGCUUCGGCGUCGUCCUCCUGGAGCUCACCACCGGCAAGGAGGCCAGCUGCCUGGCGGAGUGGGCGCGGCACCACUACCAAUCCGGGGGGAGCAUCCCCGACGCCACAGACACGAGGUACGCAGGGUACUCCGAGGAGAUCCAGGUCGUGUUCAGGCUAGGCGUGCUGUGCACCGCACAUAUGCCGUCGUCGCGGCCAACCAUGAAGGACGUGCUGCAAAUCCUGCUCAAGUGCAGCGAGCGGACGCGCCAGAAGAGCAAAAUGGAGAGUAGUGUCCAGGAGCACGAAGCGGCUCCUCGCCUGCUGUCUCAGCCGUCGGACGGAACGGGAACUGACAUCCAAGAAGAGGAUGGUGUUAUGGUGAUCCACAGCACGGUCUAACAUUGCGCGCAUGCCGAUACAGUAAAGUCUGCACAGCGUCAGUCUACAGAUGCAGAUAGACUAUUGGUGUUUUAAAUCAGAAAAAAGUUGUAUUGUUACACAAGACUUACAAUUCUGCUUCACAAGUUUGUUGAAGAACCUUUCUAUGUAAUCUGUGAUAUACCGUAAACAACUGGAACAUUUGCUCAUACAACAAGAUUUACACUAGAAAAACAUGAUUGCCAUUUUCACUUCUUCAAUUUCUUCUUAAGAUUAGCCAGCCUAUUGGUGUGCUUUUAAAGA